CGCUAGAGUUAGCAGCAUCACCGGAGCUGGAGCUUCAUGCCCGCCCGUCGCCUCGACUAGGCUACUCUCCAUCCGGCUUUCUGUCGGGUCUUUACCGCGGUCAGCAACCAUGGCUGAAGGGGGAGAAGCUGGCGAAGAUGAAAUCCAGUUCUUACGAACUGAUGAUGAGGUGGUGCUACAGUGUUCUGCCACCGUCCACAAAGAGCAGCAGAAGUUGUGUCUCGCUGCUGAGGGCUUUGGGAAUCGACUCUGUUUCCUCGAAUCCACGUCCAACUCUAAGAACGUCCCCCCAGACCUGUCCAUCUGUACCUUUGUCCUGGAGCAGUCUCUCUCAGUUCGGGCCCUGCAGGAGAUGCUGGCCAACACAGAGGAGAAGGCUGAGGGCCAGGUUGAUGUGGAAAAAUGGAAAUUCAUGAUGAAGACGGCCCAGGGUGGGGGUCACCGCACCUUGCUCUAUGGACACGCCGUCCUGCUACGCCACUCCUACAGCGGCAUGUAUCUCUGUUGUCUGGGCACCUCGCGAUCCUCAACCGACAAACUGGCGUUUGAUGUCGGACUGCAAGAAGACACGACAGGUGAAGCCUGUUGGUGGACGAUCCACCCAGCCUCCAAGCAGAGAUCGGAGGGAGAGAAGGUCAGAGUCGGCGAUGACCUCAUCCUGGUCAGCGUGUCAUCAGAACGUUACCUGCAUCUGUCAUACGGUAAUGGCAGCCUGCACGUGGACGCUGCCUUCCAGCAGACACUCUGGAGCGUGGCGACCGUAUGCUCUGGCAGCGAGGUGGCCCAAGGGUUCAUGAUAGGUGGGGAUGUGCUGAGGCUGCUUCAUGGUCACAUGGAUGAGUGUCUGACGGUGCCAUCAGGAGAACACGGGGAGGAGCAGCGCAGGACGGUGCACUAUGAGGGGGGUGCAGUUUCCAUCCACGCCCGCUCCCUCUGGAGACUGGAGACGCUACGGGUUGCGUGGAGCGGAAGCCACACGCGCUGGGGCCAACCGUUCCGACUCCGUCACGUGACUACAGGGAAGUACCUGAGUAUCAUGGAGGAUAAGGGUCUGUUGUUGAUGGAUAAGGAGAAGGCUGAUGUCAAGUCAACGGCUUUCUGCUUUCGCCCCUCCAAGGAAAAGCUGGACCUGGGUGCGAAGAAGGAGGUGGACGGCAUGGGUGUUCCUGACAUUAAAUACGGCGACUCGGUGUGUUACAUUCAGCACGUGGACACCUGCCUGUGGCUGACGUACCAGGCCAUGGACGCCAAGUGCGCGCGUAUGGGCGGCGUGCAGAGAAAGGCCAUCAUGCACCAUGAGGGUCACAUGGACGAUGGUCUGACCCUGUCCCGCUCUCAGCACGAGGAGUCUCGAACUGCACGGGUUAUACGUAGCACGGUCUUCCUGUUCAACCGCUUCAUCAGGGGCCUGGACGCCCUCAGUAAAAAAGGGAAAACCCCAACACUGGACCUGCCAAUCGAAUCGGUCAGUCUGAGUCUACAGGAUCUGAUUGGCUACUUCCAGCCCCCUGAUGAGCACCUGGAGCAUGAGGACAAACAGAACCGCCUCCGAGCCCUGAAGAACCGACAGAACCUCUUUCAGGAAGAGGGUAUGAUUAACCUGGUGUUGGAGUGUAUCGACCGUCUCCACGUGUACAGCAGCGCAGCUCAUUUUGCUGAGGUGGCGGGGAGGGAGGCCGGUGAGGCCUGGAGGUCCAUACUAAACUCAUUAUACGAGCUACUGGCUGCAUUGAUAAGGGGGAACAGGAAGAACUGUGCCCAGUUCUCUGGCUCUCUGGACUGGUUGAUCAGCCGUUUAGAGAGAUUAGAGGCCUCGUCUGGUAUCUUGGAGGUGCUUCACUGUGUCCUUGUUGAAAGUCCUGAAGCCCUGAAUAUCAUCAAGGAAGGACACAUCAAGUCCAUCAUCUCCUUGUUGGACAAGCAUGGACGCAACCACAAGGUUCUGGAUGUGCUGUGUUCUCUGUGCUUGUGUCACGGCGUGGCGGUACGGUCCAAUCAGCACCUGAUCUGUGACAACCUCCUGCCCGGCCGGGAUCUGCUGCUCCAGACACGCCUUGUCAACCAUGUCAGCAGCAUGAGGCCCAACAUCUUCCUGGGGGUGAGCGAAGGCUCCGCCCAGUACAGGAAGUGGUACUACGAGCUGAUCGUGGACCAGGUGGUGCCGUUCGUAACAGCCGAGGCCACACACCUGAGAGUGGGCUGGGCCACCACGGACGGCUACCAGCCCUACCCUGGUGGAGGAGAGGGCUGGGGGGGCAACGGGGUCGGGGAUGACCUCUACUCCUACGGCUUCGACGGCCUGCACCUCUGGUCAGGCUGCAUUGCCAGGACGGUGAGCUCGCCCAAUCAGCAUUUACUGCGUGUGGAUGAUGUUGUCAGCUGUUGCCUGGAUCUCGGCGCUCCCAGUAUCUCGUUCCGUAUCAAUGGUCAGCCUGUCCAGGGCAUGUUCGAGAACUUCAACUCUGAUGGACUCUUCUUUCCUGUAGCCAGCUUCUCUGCCGGGGUCAAGGUGCGUUUCCUGUUGGGAGGUCGCCAUGGAGAGUUCAAGUUCCUCCCGCCGCCGGGCUACGCCCCGUGUUUCGAGGCGGUGCUGCCCAGGGAGAAGCUCAGAGUGGAACACAGCCAUGAAUACAAGGAGGACCACAGUGACACCAGGAACUUACUGGGUCCCAUUAUCACCUUGUCACAGGCUGCCUUCACCCCGACACCCGUCGACACCAGCCAGAUCGUUCUGCCUCCCCACCUGGAGAAGAUCAGAGAGAAGCUAGCGGAGAACAUUCACGAACUCUGGGUGAUGAACAAGAUAGACCUGGGCUGGACCUAUGGAGCUGUACGGGACGACAACAAGCGUCAGCACCCGUGUCUGGUGGAGUUCUCCAAGCUCCCGGAGCAGGAGAGGAGCUACAACCUACAGAUGUCUCUGGAGACUCUCAAGACUCUGCUGGCCUUGGGUUGUCAUGUGGGUCUUGCCGAUGAGCAUGCUGUGGAGAAGGUGAUGAAUCUCCAGCUAUCUGACACAUAUGAGCUGUCUAGUGGGUACAAGCCGGCCCCAAUGGACCUCAGCCACAUUAAGCUGGCCUCUUCCCAGGAGGCCAUGGUGGACAAGCUGGCAGAGAAUGCUCACAAUGUGUGGGCCAGGGACCGGAUCCGCCAGGGCUGGACCUACGGCAUCCAGCAGGUGUGUCACCCAAAGGAUGUGAAGAAUCGUAGGAACCCUCGCUUGGUCCCGUACGCGCUGCUGGACGAGAGAACAAAGAAGAGCAACAAGGACAGCUUGAGGGAGGCAGUUCGCACCCUGCUGGGCUACGGAUACAACCUGGAGGCUCCCGAUCAAGACCAUGCUGCCAGAGCGGACUUCAGUAACAUGUCAGCUGAGCGGUUCCGUAUCUUCCGCGCUGAGAAGACGUACAGUGUGAACACAGGGAAAUGGUACUUUGAGUUUGAGGUGGUGACGGCGGGAGAGAUGAGGGUCGGCUGGGCGCGGCCAAGCUGUCUCCCGGACCAGGAGCUGGGCUCCGAUGAACACGCCUUCGUUUUCGACGGCUUCAAGGCCCAGCUGUGGCAUCAGGGCAACGAGCACUUUGGGCGGUCGUGGAGCGCGGGCGACGUGGUGGGCUGUAUGGUGGAUUUGAACGAACACACCAUGAUGUUCACACACAAUGGAGAGGUGCUGCUGGAUGACUCCGGGUCCGAACUGGCCUUUAAGGACUUUGAGGUUUGGGAAGGCUUCGUCCCAGUGUGCAGCCUGGGUGUCUGCCAGGUGGGGAGGAUGAACUUUGGGAAGGAUGUGAGCACGCUCAAGUACUUCACCAUCUGUGGCCUGCAGGAGGGUUACGAGCCUUUCGCCGUCAAUAUGAACCGGGACCUCACCAUGUGGCUCAGCAAGAGGCUGCCGCAGUUCAUCCCAGUGCCGCAGAAUCACGAACACAUCGAGGUCACAAGGAUCGACGGCACCGUGGAGAGUGCUCCAUGUCUAAAGGUCACCCAGAGGUCGUUUGGCUCCCAGAACAGUAACCCAGACAUCACGUUUUAUCGCCUCAGCAUGCCCAUCGAGUGUAACGAGGUCCUGAUGAAGUCGCCUGGCGGGACACUCCCGGCCGGCGGAGGGAACUUCUCCUUCACCUCUAAGAAGGACCUGUUAGACUUUGAGACAGUGUCCGACUUUGAGGUGUUGAUGAAGUCAGCCCACGGCACGUUGGGCUCCAGCGUGGACAAGGAGAGAGACGAGUUCAACAACCAUAAAGAUUACACCCAGGAGAAACCAUCCAAGUUAAAGCAGAGGUUCAUGCUGAAGAGGACCAAACCAGAGUUUAACACCAGUAGCUCUUCAGCACGCCUGUCAGAGGAGGUGCUUGCUGAUGACAGGGAUGACUAUGACUACCUCAUGCAGACAUCCACUUACUAUUACUCAGUGCGGAUCUUCCCUGGCCAGGAGCCAAGCAGUGUGUGGGUUGGUUGGGUGACCUCAGACUUCCACCAAUACGACACCGCCUUUGACCUGGACAAGGUCCGCACUGUCACCGUAACCCUGGGAGACGAGAAGGGCAAAGUCCACGAGAGCAUCAAGCGUAGUAACUGCUACAUGGUGUGGGCUGGGGAGAGUACGAGUCCUGGACAAGGCCGGAACAACAAUGGUCUGGAGAUAGGUUGUCUGGUGGACACGGCCAACGGGCUGUUAACCUUCACCGCCAACGGCAAGGAACUCAGCACAUACUACCAGGUGGAGCCCAGCACCAAGUUGUUCCCUGCCGUGUUUGCUCAGGCCACCAGCCCCAGCAUCUUUCAGUUUGAACUGGGACGCAUAAAGAAUGUCAUGCCCCUGUCGGCGGGUCUGUUUAAGAGUGAGCGGAGGAACCCGAACCCCCAGUGCCCCCCUCGCCUGCAUGUCCAGUUCCUGACCUCGGUGCUGUGGAGCCGUGUGCCGAACCACUUCCUGAAGGUCGACGUGUCAAGGGUCAACGACCGCCACGGUUGGCUGGUCACCUGCUCCGAACCUUUGCAGUUCAUGUCCCUGCAUAUACCCGAGGAGAACAGGUCGGUUGACAUCCUGGAGCUAACAGAGCAGGAGGAACUGCUGAAAUUCCACUACCACACUCUGAGACUGUACUCGGCUGUGUGCGCCCUCGGCAACAACCGUGUAGCCCACGCGCUCUGCUCCCACGCCGACGAGGCGCAGCUGCUCUACGCCAUCGAGAACAAGUACAUGGCAGGACUCCUCCGGACUGGAUACUACGACCUACUCAUUGACAUCCACCUCAGUACAUACGCCACGGCACGCCUCAUGAUGAACAACGAGUACAUCGUCCCCAUGACGGACGAGACCAAGUCCAUCACGCUGUUCCCGGACGAGAAGAAGAAGCACGGCCUGCCGGGGAUCGGCCUCAGCACCUCCCUGCGCCCGCGCAUGCUCUUCUCCUCCCCGUCGUUCAUCUGCAGCGGGGCCGACUGCUUCCAGUACAGCCCCGAGUUCCCCCUGGACCUCCUCAAGACCAAGACCAUCGAGAUGCUGACUGAGGCAGUGAGGGAGGGCAGCCUGCACGUCAGGGACCCCGUAGGGGGCAGCACCGAGUUCCUGUUUGUUCCCCUCAUCAAGCUCUUCUACACCCUACUGAUCAUGGGGGUGUUCCACAACGGGGACCUGAAGAACAUACUGCAGCUGAUAGAACCGUCUGUGUUCUCGGAGGGAGCGGGCCCGCCCGCCGACACGCCCGAGAGUGAUGUCACUAAGGGAGGGGGAGGGGCGGAGGGGGCAGGAGGAGAGGAGAGGGCUGGGAAGGUCCCUAAAGGACUGCUCCAGAUGAAACUACCUGAGCCUGUCAAACUACAGAUGUGCCACCUGCUGCAGUACUUGUGUGACUGUCAGGUGCGCCACCGUAUCGAGGCGGUGGUGGGGUUCAGCGAUGACUUUGUGGCUCAUCUCCAAGACAACCAGCGGUUCCGCUACAAUGAGGUCAUGCAAGCCCUCAACAUGUCGGCCGCGCUGACUGCCAGGAAGACCAAAGAGUUCAGAUCACCGCCACAGGAGCAGAUCAACAUGCUGCUGAACUUCAAGGAUGACAAGCAGGACUGUCCUUGUCCCGAGGAGAUCAGAGAACAACUGCUGGACUUCCACGAAGACCUAAUGACCCACUGUGGCAUAGAGAUGGAUGAGGACAAGCUGAACGAGGCAGACAGUGACUUCACCAUCCGAGGACGACUCAUGUCCCUGGUGGAGAAGGUGGUCUACCUAAAGAAGAAGAUGACCUUCAUGCCGAAGAACAAGAAGAAAGCUAAGAAAGCCAGCACUCUGCAGCAGCUGAUCAGCGAGACCAUGGUGCGUUGGGCCCAGGAGAGCGUCAUUGAGGACCCAGAGCUGGUCAGAGCCAUGUUUGUGCUGCUCCACCGUCAGUACGACGGCAUCGGCGGUCAGGUCCGGGCCUUGCCCAAGGCCUACACCAUCAACUCUGUCUCUGUGGAGGACACCAUCAAGCUGCUGGCGUCGCUGGGCCAGAUCAGAUCUCUGCUGUCCGUCCGCAUGGGCCGAGAGGAAGAGAAACUGAUGAUCAGAGGGCUGGGGGACAUCAUGAACAACAAAGUGUUCUAUCAGCACCCCAACCUGAUGCGGGCUCUGGGGAUGCACGAGACCGUGAUGGAGGUGAUGGUUAACGUCCUGAGUGGUGGGGAAUCCAAGGAGAUCACCUUUCCCAAGAUGGUGGCCAACUGCUGUCGUUUCCUGUGUUAUUUCUGUCGUAUCAGUAGACAGAACCAGAAAGCCAUGUUUGAUCACCUCAGCUACCUGUUGGAGAACAGCAGUGUCGGCCUUGCGUCUCCCUCCAUGCGUGGCUCCACCCCGCUAGACGUGGCUGCUGCUUCUGUGAUGGAUAAUAACGAGCUUGCUCUGGCCCUCAGAGAACCGGACUUGGAAAAAGUGGUCCAGUACCUGGCGGGUUGUGGCCUCCAGAGCUGUUCCAUGCUGGUGUCUAAAGGUUAUCCUGAUAUUGGCUGGAACCCUGUAGAAGGAGAACGGUACCUGGAUUUCCUCCGCUUCGCUGUGUUCUGCAAUGGUGAGAGUGUGGAAGAGAACGCCAAUGUGGUGGUGAGGCUUCUGAUUCGUCGGCCGGAGUGCUUUGGCCCCGCCCUUCGUGGAGAGGGAGGGAAUGGUCUAUUGGCAGCAAUGAUUGAAGCCAUCAAGAUAUCAGAGGACCCCAGUAGGGAUGGGCCCUCCCCCACAUCAGAGGCCAGGAGGACGCUCAGUGACGUUUUACUAGAAGAGGAGGAAGAGGAUGAUACCAUCCACAUGGGCAAUGCCAUCAUGACCUUCUAUGCUGCCCUCAUCGACCUGCUGGGGCGCUGUGCCCCUGAGAUGCACCUGAUUCAUGCUGGGAAAGGCGAGGCGAUCCGGAUAAGAGCCAUCCUCCGUUCCCUGAUCCCCAUCGAAGACCUGGAAGGGGUUAUAAGCAUCCCGUUUCCCAUGCCCACUCUGGCCAAAGAUGGGUCUGUUUUGGAGCCUGACAUGUCUGCAGGGUUCUGUCCGGACCACAAGGCAGCCAUGGUGCUUUUCCUGGACCGCGUCUAUGGCAUAGAGGACCAGAACUUCCUGCUCCACCUGCUGGAGGUGGGCUUCCUGCCGGACCUCCGGGCAGCGGCCUCCCUUGACACGGCUGCUCUCAGUGCUACAGACAUGGCCCUGGCCCUCAACAGGUAUCUGUGCACGGCUGUCCUGCCUCUGCUCACUAAGUGUGCCCCCCUGUUUGCCGGGACUGAGCCGUACGCCUCGCUCAUAGACUCUCUUCUCCACACCGUCUACCGUCUGUCUAAAGGAUGCUGCCUCACCAAGGCCCAGCGAGACGCCAUCGAGGAGUGUCUCCUGGCCACCUGCAGUAAACUGAGGCCGUCUAUGAUGCAGCAUCUGCUUAGAAGACUGGUGUUUGACGUUCCUCUGCUCAAUGAACACACCAAGAUGCCCCUCAAGCUCUUGACCAAUCACUAUGAGCGUUGUUGGAAGUACUACUGUUUGACGGGUGGCUGGGGAAGCUUUGGUGCAUCGUCUGACGAGGAGCUGCAUCUCUCAAGGAAGCUGUUCUCUGGCAUUUUUGAUGCUUUGUCUCGCAAGAGGUAUGACCAGGAGCUGUUUAAGCUGGCCCUGCCGUGCCUCAGUGCCGUAGCAGGGGCCUUGCCUCCAGACUACAUGGAGAGCAGCUACGUCACCAUGAUGGAGAAACAGUCCUCCAUGGACUCAGAGGGAAACUUCACCCCACAGCCUGCCGACACCAACCAUGUGAACGUGCCUGAGAAACUGGAUUACUUUGUUAACAAAUAUGCUGAGCAUUCCCAUGAGAAAUGGUCCAUGGACAAGUUGGCCGACGGCUGGGUUCACGGCGACCAGUUCUCUGAGUCUUCGAAGACACAACCUCUGCUGAAACCCUACAAAAGUCUGUCUGAGAAGGAUAAAGAGAUCUACCGCUGGCCUAUUAAAGAGUCUCUAAAGACAAUGGUGGCAUGGGGCUGGAGCAUCGAGAGGACCAGGGAGGGAGACCCAGCUGGCCUACACAACCGAGCCCGUAGGAUAUCCCAAAUUAGCCAGCAGCACUCUCUAGAAGGAGCUCCUGGGUUUAGCCCCAGACCCAUUGACAUGAGCAACGUUACGCUAUCCCGUGACCUGCACUCUAUGGCAGAACUGCUUGCGGAGAACUAUCACAAUAUUUGGGCGAAGAAGAAGAAACUUGAACUGGAAGCCAAAGGCGGAGGGAGCCACCCCCUCCUGGUGCCCUAUGACACCCUCACUGCCAAAGAGAAGUCCAAAGACAGAGAAAAGGCACAAGACAUUCUCAAGUUCUUUCAGAUAAAUGGCUACUGUGUAUCCAGGGCUAUGAAGGAGCAGGAGUUGGAUACACCAUCCAUAGAGAAGCGUUUUGCAUACACUUUCCUGCAGCAACUAAUCACCUAUGUUGACGAAGCCCAUGAACACAUGCUAGAGUUUGAUAUUGGGACUCGACCAAAAGGGGAAAAGAUUCCUCACGAGCAACAGAUGAAGUUCUUUGGAAAGGUGGUGCUGCCAUUGGUUGACCAGUACUUCAAGAAUCAUCGGCUCUACUUUCUGUCCACGGCCAUCCGACCAAUUAGCAGUGGUGGCCACGCCUCCAACAAGGAGAAGGAGAUGGUGACCAGUCUGUUCUGCAAACUUGGAGUUCUUGUCAGACAUAGGAUUUCACUGUUUGGAAACGAUGCCACCUCCAUUGUCAACUGUCUACACAUACUGGGACAGACACUGGAUGCCAGGACAGUGAUGAAGACGGGUCUGGAGACGGUGAAGGCGGCGUUGAGAGGGUUUUUUGACAACGCGGCGGAGGACCUGGAGAAGACAUUGGAGAACUUGAAACAGGGCCAAUUCACGCACAGUCGGACCCAACCUAAAGGUGUGACCCAGAUCAUCAACUACACCACCGUGGCCCUGCUGCCGGUGCUUUCAUCCCUGUUUGAGCAUAUUGGACAGAACCUCUUCGGAGAAGACCUCAUAUUGGAUGAUGUUCAGGUGUCGUGUUAUAGGAUCCUCAACAGCCUGUAUGGUUUAGGCACCAACAAGAGCAUCUAUGUAGAAAGGCAGCGUCCGGCCCUGGGGGAGUCUCUGGCAGCGUUCUCGGGGGCAUUUCCCGUGGCCUUUCUGGAGCCUGAGCUCAACAAGUUCAACAGCUACUCUAUUUACAUCACCAAGAGCUCCCGGGACAGAGCAGCUCUAGGCCUGCCCUCCCAGGUAGGGCAGAUGUGUCCACUCAUUCCCUCCUUGGAAAAAUCUCUGGAAGAAAUUAUGGAUCUUGCUGAGUCCGGCCUCCGCUACACUCAGAUGCCACAUGUCAUGGAGGUGGUGCUGCCCAUGCUGUGCAGCUACAUGUCUCACUGGUGGGAGCACGGCCCCGAGAACAACCCCCCGGAGAGAGCCGAUGGCUGCUGUACCAACCUCACCUCUGACCACAUGAACAACCUACUCGGAAACAUUUUGAAGAUCAUCUACAACAACCUGGGGAUCGACGAGGGCGCCUGGAUGAAACGACUCGCAGUGUUCUCUCAGCCAAUCAUCAGUAAGGCGAAGGCAGGGUUGUUGAAAACACACUUUCUGCCGCUCAUGGAGAAGCUGAGGAAGAAGGCUGCUACAGUGCUGCUAGAUGAGGAACACAUGAAGGCGGAGGGGCGAGGAGAGAUGUCUGAGGCUGAGCUACUCAUCCUGGAUGAGUUCACCAUCCUCGUUCGAGACCUCUAUGCCUUUUAUCCACUCCUCAUCCGCUUUGUCGAUUAUAAUAGGGCUAAAUGGCUGAAAGAGCCUAACCCUGAAGCUGAGGAGCUAUUUCGCAUGGUAGCAGAGGUCUUCAUAUUCUGGGCCAAGUCUCACAAUUUUAAACGGGAGGAGCAGAACUUUGUGGUUCAGAAUGAGAUCAACAAUAUGUCCUUCCUCAUCACGGACACCAAGUCUAAGAUGUCCAAGGGGGCAGUGUCGGACCAGGAGAGGAAGAAGAUGAAGCGGAAGGGAGAUCGUUACUCCAUGCAGACUAGCCUCAUUGUCGCUGCCUUGAAGAGGCUUCUUCCUGUGGGACUGAACAUAUGUGCUCCAGGAGACCACGAGCUGAUCGCUCUGGCCAAGAACCGCUUCACUCAGAAAGACACAGAGGAUGAGGUUCGGGAGAUUAUACGGAAUAACUUGCACCUGCAGGGCAAGUACCGGGUGUUUCACUUCAAGAAGCUGGUGAAGAGACUGAUCAUAGUGAUGAAGUGGAUGAAGAGCCGCCAGGCUUGCAAACCCCUGGCCUUAGACACGCCCACCGGGCACAAACGUCUGUCCAGCACCCGCAAACGCUCUGCCACUAUGGAGAGUAGCUAUGCUUACAGGCCUACCAGGACCACCCUGGCGGGCGUCAAGAGGGCAUCUUCUGUGGACUAUGCAAAGCCACAGGGGCAUGGGCAGCUGGAGGACCCUGCUAUCCGCUGGCAAAUGGCUCUGUAUAAGGAGCUCCCAAACAGAAGUGAAGACACGUCUGAUCCAGAAAAGACUGUGGAGAGGGUCCUGGACAUCGCUCAUGUCCUCUUUCAUCUCGACCAGGUUGAACACCCACAGAGGAGUAAGAAAGCUGUGUGGCACAAGUUGUUAUCCAAACAGAGGAAGAGGGCCGUGGUGGCCUGCUUCAGAAUGGCACCCCUGUAUAACCUGCCCAGGCACCGGGCUGUGAACCUGUUUCUUCAGGGCUAUGAGAAGUCCUGGAUUGAGGCUGAGGAACACUACUUUGAGGACAAACUCAUAGAGGAUCUGGCAAAACCUGGAGGGGAGGAGCCCCCUGAGGAAGAUGAGGGAGCCAAACGCAUCGAUCCUCUUCAUCAGCUCAUACAGCUGUUCAGUAGGACAGCCCUGACCGAGAAGUGUAAGCUGGAGGAGGACAUUCUCUACAUGGCUUAUGCCGACAUCAUGGCCAAGAGCUGUCAUGAUGAAGAGGAUGAGGAUGGAGAGGAGGUGAAGAGUUUUGAAGAAAAAGAGAUGGAGAAACAGAAGCUGUUGUACCAGCAGGCCAGGUUGCAUGACCGAGGAGCUGCAGAGAUGGUGCUGCAGACCAUUAGUGCCAGCAAAGGUGAGAUGGGCCCCAUGGUGGCGUCUACCCUGAAGCUGGGAAUAGCUGUUCUCAACGGAGGCAAUUCUACGGUUCAACAGAAAAUGCUGGACUACCUUAAAGACAAGAAGGAUGUGGGCUUUUUUCAGAGUCUGGCAGGUCUGAUGCAGUCGUGCAGUGUUCUGGAUCUAAAUGCAUUUGAACGCCAGAACAAAGCAGAAGGACUGGGCAUGGUGACGGAGGAGGGAUCAGUCAUCACUCAUGAGCGUGGAGAGAAGGUGAUGCAGGAUGAUGAAUUUACCUGUGACCUCUUCCGCUUCCUCCAGCUGCUGUGCGAAGGCCACAAUUCUGACUUUCAGAACUACCUGAGAACGCAGACGGGUAACAACACCACCGUCAACAUCAUCAUCUCCACCGUGGACUAUCUGCUCAGGGUUCAGGAGUCCAUCAGCGAUUUCUACUGGUACUAUUCUGGAAAGGAUGUCAUUGACGAACAAGGACAGCGCAAUUUCUCCAAAGCAAUCAAUGUAGCGAAACAGGUCUUCAAUACUCUGACUGAGUAUAUACAGGGGCCGUGCACAGGGAACCAGCAGAGUCUAGCACACAGUCGCCUCUGGGACGCAGUGGUCGGCUUCCUCCACGUCUUUGCACAUAUGCAGAUGAAGCUGUCACAGGACUCAAGCCAGAUUGAGCUACUGAAGGAGUUGAUGGACUUACAGAAGGACAUGGUUGUGAUGCUACUGUCUAUGCUGGAGGGCAACGUGGUCAACGGCACCAUCGGGAAACAGAUGGUCGACAUGUUAGUCGAGUCUUCCAACAACGUGGAGAUGAUCCUCAAGUUCUUCGACAUGUUCCUUAAACUCAAAGACCUGACGUCCUCAGAUGCCUUUAAAGAGUAUGACCCUGAUGGUAAAGGAGUAAUCUCCAAGAGGGACUUCCACAAAGCCAUGGAGAGUCACAAGCACUACACCCAGUCCGAGACCGAGUUCCUGCUCUCCUGCGCCGAACCCGACGAGAACGAGUUGCUGGACUACGAGGAGUUUGUGGAGCGGUUCCACGAGCCGGCUAAAGACAUCGGCUUCAACGUGGCUGUGCUGCUGACCAAUCUGUCGGAGCACAUGCCUCACGACACACGUCUGCAGACCUUCCUGGAGCUGGCCGAGAGUGUGUUGAAUUACUUUCAGCCGUACCUGGGCCGCAUCGAGAUCAUGGGCAGCGCCAAACGCAUCGAGAGGGUCUACUUCGAGAUCAGCGAGUCCAGCCGCACUCAGUGGGAGAAGCCGCAGGUUAAAGAGUCCAAGCGGCAGUUUAUUUUUGACGUGGUCAAUGAGGGCGGGGAGAAGGAGAAGAUGGAGCUGUUUGUCAACUUCUGCGAAGACACCAUCUUUGAGAUGCAGCUGGCCGCGCAGAUGUCUGACAUCGGGGAGCGGUCGACGGUUAAGGAAGAGAGCGAGAAGGAGAGGCCGGAGGAGGAAAGCCCUGAGAUGGGCUUCUUCUCGGUGACCACAGUCCGGACAGCCCUGAUGGCGCUACGCUACAAUGUCGUGUUCCUGAUGAAUGUUCUGUCCAUGAAGAGCUUGAAGAAGCAGAUGAAGAGGAUGAAGAAGAUGACCGUGAAGGACAUGGUGAUGACGUUAGUGACCUUCUAUUGGUCGGUCAUCAUGGGCCUGUUCCACAUUACAUUUAAUGUCUCUCGAGGGUUCUGCCGUAUCAUGUACAACACAUUCCUAGGAGGCAGCCUUGUGGAGGGAGCCAAAACCAUGAAGGUGUCGGACCUGUUGGCCAACAUGCCGGACCCGACACAGGACGAGGUCCGCGGGGAGGGAGAAGACGGGGAGAAGGUACUGGCGGCAAGAGCCUCUGCUGAGAAAGACCUGGCUGACCUAGCCGUGCCCGCGGACGGGACCGAAGUCCUCUCUGACAUCUUUGGAUUGGACCUGAGGAGAGGCGAGGGGGGGCAGUACAAGAUCACUGCGCACAACCCCAAUGCCAUCCUGACGGAUCUGCUGAAUUCCCCCGUUCCCGUCCCCGCCCCCUCGCCGGAGCUGCGAAGGCGGCGCCAGGCUAAGAGCUCCUUGGAAGACCUGGAGGAAGGGCCUGAGGAGAUGAAGGAAAGCGUGUCGGAGCCAGAGAAAGCAGAAGGAGAGAAUGGAGAGAAGCAGGAGGAGGAAAGGAGAAAGGAGGAGGACUUAAAGAGAAAGGAGAAGGAGAAGAGAAAGCUAGAGAAGAAGGAGGAAAAGCCCAAACCUAAAGUGAGACAUCACCACACCUCCAGGACGGAUGAGCCUGACAUGCAGGAGUCUGCUUUCUGGAAGAAGAUCAUCGCCUACCAAAGGAAGCUGUUGAACUACUUUGCUCGGAACUUCUACAACAUGAGAAUGCUGGCGUUGUUUGUGGCAUUUGCAAUCAACUUUAUCCUCCUCUUCUACAAGGUGUCCUCUUCCUCUGCGGUUGUCCAUGACAAAGCACGCAGCCCCCAGUCAGGCAGCAGCUUGCGGUGGGACCCACUCAUGGAGAGCAGUGAAGCCCAGGGGCCCCAAGAUCCAGAGCAGGGCCCGGUGUUUGUCAACUUUGUCCUGGAGGAGAGCACGGGAUACAUGGAGCCCACGCUACGCAUCCUGGCCAUCCUGCACACAGUCAUCUCCUUCUGCUGCAUCAUUGGCUACUACUGUCUCAAGGUCCCGCUGGUGAUCUUUAAGCGCGAGAAGGAGGUGGCGAGAAAGCUGGAGUUUGACGGCCUCUACAUCACAGAGCAGCCGUCUGAGGACGACAUCAAAGGCCAGUGGGAUAGGCUGGUGAUCAACACUGGGUCAUUUCCAAACAACUAUUGGGAUAAGUUUGUGAAGCGGAAGGUUAUGGAUAAGUAUGGUGAGUUCUAUGGCCAUGACCGAAUCAGUGAGCUGCUGGGCAUGGACAAGGCUGCUUUGGACUUCAGUGAUGCCCACGAGAAGAAGAAACCCAAGAAAGAUAGCUCAUUAGCUGCAGUGUUAAACUCAAUUGAUGUCAAGUACCAGAUAUGGAAACUAGGAGUGGUUUUCACGGAUAAUUCGUUUCUGUACUUGGCGUGGUACAUGACUAUGUCCAUCCUGGGUCAUUAUAACAACUUCUUCUUUGCCGCUCAUCUCCUUGACAUCGCCAUGGGCUUCAAAACUCUCCGCACAAUCCUGUCUUCUGUCACGCACAACGGCAAACAGCUGGUCCUGACCGUGGGUUUACUGGCUGUGGUGGUGUAUCUCUACACUGUGGUGGCGUUCAACUUCUUCAGGAAGUUCUACAAUAAGAGCGAAGAUGGAGAGUCACCAGACAUGAAGUGUGAUGACAUGCUGACAUGUUACAUGUUCCACAUGUAUGUGGGUGUGCGGGCGGGAGGAGGCAUCGGUGACCAGAUCGAGGAUCCGGCAGGUGAUGAGUACGAGAUCUACAGGAUCAUCUUUGAUAUCACCUUCUUCUUCUUUGUCAUCGUCAUCUUGCUGGCUAUCAUCCAGGGUCUGAUAAUUGAUGCAUUUGGUGAACUGAGAGACCAACAGGAGCAGGUGAAAGAGGAUAUGGAGACCAAAUGCUUCAUCUGCGGAAUAGGAAAUGACUACUUUGACACAGUGCCUCAUGGCUUUGAAACACAUACCCUUCAGGAGCACAACUUAGCCAAUUAUCUCUUUUUUGUGAUGUACCUCAUUAACAAAGACGAAACGGAGCACACAGGCCAGGAGUCGUACGUGUGGAAGAUGUACCAGGAGCGCUGCUGGGAGUUCUUCCCUGCUGGAGACUGUUUUCGAAAACAAUAUGAAGACCAGCUCAACUGAUCGGUUAAUGAACUGAUCAAUCCAACUGAUUUCUGAUCGACUGAUCCAUUGACGUGAUCCACAGUCAGAGACUUGACUUCUUCUUUCUUACUGAUUCAUAUGAAAGGCUGGUUCAUCCUCUCGGCUCGCCCACUUUGUUUGGAAUGCUUUUCAGACUUUGUACAUAUAUAAUUAUGAUAUUACACUGUAUAAUGUCUCUGUCCUGUGUGCAUUUGAAGCACAAAGGCUGUGUUUUGACAUGAGGACUUUGAGGACUCAACGCUUCACCUAUACAUUUGCUUUAAUAAUUCACACUGAUGACGAGCAAAAACCAAUUAGAACGGAGAAAGGACUGGGAGAAGGAGGCUGAUGAAAAGGAGAGGGGAAAUAAACGAAUCCCAUCGAUUUGAAAAAGGCAAACCAAAACAGCGUUGGGAGUGUGAAGGGGACGGCUGUGGGAAUCGAGUGUUUCCCCUGGGGAUACAUGAACGAAUAAAAAGGCGGUAGCUCGUCCUAGGUCUCAGUGAUGUUGAAGUCUCAGUGCUCGACUGGUAGAGAUGGACAAAGGGGUGAUGAUGACGAGGAUGAUGAUGAGGAGGAAACAGUGCCUUACCAAGCCGGGGCGGGACAGAGCUGAGCUAUGCAAGCUGGAGGAAAGAGGAAGGUUUGGAGACUACAUCAUCACCACAUCGGCGCACCAUGUGAUGUGGGAACUGCUACGCGGGGCUAAUAUUUAUUAUGACACAACGACGGGUCUUUGUGUGCGUGAGUGACAGCGUGGACAGAGGAGUGUGUGUAUGUGUGUGUGUGUGUGUGUGUGUGUUGGAGAUAACAGGGAGGCGGAAGGAUGAUGUAUCCAAAUAGAGAAUGGGUGGAAGGAGGGGCAGUGGGUGGAGGCAGAGAGAGUUUAAGGAGUGAGGGUGACGGGGGAGAGAGACGAGGGAGGGUGUGAUGCUGCAGGGGGGAGAGAGGGUAGAGAGAAAGGUAGAGUAAAGGAGUGGGUGGAGAGAGAGAGAGGGGGAGGGGGUGGUAGAGGGAGAGAAGAAUGUGGCCCUCAGGACAUUGUGGGGUUUCCAUGAGGAGCCGGGAUACCGUUCUGUCACCACGUGUUCUUUAAGCUGUUUUGUUUUUUUUUUGGUUUUUUUUGGUACUGCUCUUAUGCAAACCAGCAACAUAAUUCACUCUUUAUAUACACGUUCUACAAAAAAACUCUCUCAGAAAAAGUAAAUAUGUUUCGUUGCAUGUUUAUUAUGCAAGUUUAAUGAAAAGUUUAAGAAAUAAAGACAACGCAAGAUUGAUCUAUGUCACAAACAAAUAAAAAUGUUUUAUAUAGGUUUAAGAUUAUUUAAUUAAGAUUAUCUCUAUAGUAUUCAUGUGUUGUGGGCUUCAUUGUAAAUUACAAACUGUCAUCGGCCAAGAAUGCAUAGUGAUAAAAUAAUAUUUGUUCAUCUGCACACUUCCUUACAUCUGUUUUACUAGUAAGAAAAAGAUAGUGUCAGAAUGCCAAAUGGCUCCCUAUAGCCUGUAUGGUACAUUCCUUUUGAUCAAGGCCUGCACAUGUCUCUGGGCAAAAGUAGUGUGCUAUGUAGGGAUCAGGGGUCCAUUUGGUAUCCAGACUCUGUCAGUCUCAUUUUGAUUGAAGCUGAAGCAAUACUCAUUCAGGGACUCAUGUAAAGUGACAGCAACUUACAAGCCUGCUCCGUUUUGUUUCAGAUCAAGAUGCCAAUAAAGCUAUUUGCAAAUAAAGUUAAGGAAUUUAUAAACUAAA